AUGCUCAGUGUUAUGAAAGAAUCACUCGCUAAGGUAUUGGAUCAAUAUCCGGUACUCGAAGACUAUGUUCCUACUCUGGAUCGGCCAUUUAUGAACAUAUCCCUUUGGGACCACUUCGACAAGUCUGUUGCAUGGUUGAGCAAUGGGAAGUUUGUUCCUCACGAGUUCCACUUCAUCCCUGGGCAAUUGCCAUUGAGCGAGCUGCCACAGGUGCUUGCGGCCAUCGCGACAUACUAUGUGGUUAUUUUUGGCGGCAGAGCAUUGCUGCAGAAGAGCGAGCCAUUUAAGCUUAAUGUUUUGUUCCAACUGCACAACCUGUUUUUGACUACCGUAUCCCUCGGUAUUCUUCUUCUGAUGGUGGAGCAGCUUGUUCCGAUUCUUGCGCGGCAUGGUCUUUUCUACGCUAUCUGCAACAUUGGUGCAUGGACCCAGCCAAUGGUUACGCUGUACUACAUGAACUACAUCGUGAAAUAUAUUGAGUUUAUUGACACCGUCUUUCUGGUCUUGAAGCACAAGAAGCUUACUUUCUUGCAUACCUACCACCACGGCGCUACCGCACUAUUGUGCUACACGCAACUAAUGGGCACCACUUCCAUUUCGUGGGUGCCUAUUACACUUAACCUUGCCGUGCACGUUGUGAUGUACUGGUAUUACUUCCUUGCUGCUCGUGGUAUCAGAGUCUGGUGGAAGGAGUGGGUGACACGGUUCCAGAUUAUUCAGUUUGUCCUUGACAUUGGGUUCAUCUACUUUGCUACUUACACCAAGUUGGCCUAUGACUACUUUCCUCAAUUGCUACACUGUGGUAACUGCGUGGGCUCUGCUGCAGCUACCUUUUCAGGCUGUGCCAUCAUCUCCUCCUAUUUGUUCUUAUUUAUCGCCUUCUACAUUGAGGUUUACAGAAGAAAGGGUAGCAAGAAGUCGAGAGUGGUGAAACGUGUCCGCGGUGGUGUGGCUGCUAAGGUCAACGAAUAUGUAAAUAUCGACGUGGAUACCACAGGCACCCCCUCUCCAUCUCCAAAGCCUAAGCAAAGGAAGGCCAGAUCCAACAAGCAUUAA